AGUUCUAGUUCUAGUUCUAGUUCUAGUUCUAGUUCUAGUUCUAGUUCUAGUUCUAGUUCUAGUUCUAGUUCUAGUUCUAGUUCUAGUUCUAGUUCUAGUUCUAGUUCUAGUUCUAGUUCUAGUUCUAGUUCUAGUUCUAGUUCUAAUUCUAGUUCUAGUUCUAGUUCUAGUUCUAGUUCUAGUUCUAGUUCUCGUUCUAGUUCUAGUUCUAGUUCUAGUUCUAGUUCUAGUUCUAGUUCUAGUUCUAGUUCUAGUUCUAGUUCUAGUUCUAGUUCUAGUUCUAGUUCUAGUUCUAGUUCUAGUUCUAGUUCUAGUUCUAGUUCUAGUUCUAGUUCUAGUUCUAGUUCUAGUUCUAGUUCUAGUUCUAGUUCUAGUUCUAGUUCUAGUUCUAGUUCUAGUUCUAGUUCUAGUUCUAGUUCUAGUUCUAGUUCUAGUUCUAGUUCUAGUUCUAGUUCUAGUUCUAGUUCUAGUUCUAGUUCUAGUUCUAGUUCUAGUUCUAGUUCUAGUUCUAGUUCAAGUUCCAGUUCUAGUUCUAGUUCUAGUUCUAGUUCUAGUUCUAGUUCUAGUUCUAGUUCUAGUUCU